CGUAUGUAGCACAUCGACAUAUAUACUGUCAGUGCGGACUUCUCAAUGUGGGAAUUAGUUCAAACCGAAGAAAUAGCACUGAAAGAUUGGAAGAAUACUUUUGGAUGAUAGAAUAGAAUCCCACCUUCGAGCAUCGAAUUCGACAUCAGCUAAACCAGCAUUCGCCGACAGAAACUUCGGAGGUUUGAAUUUUAUCGACUGGUGUGAAUUUCACGUCCAAAGAAACUGGGCUGCAGCUGAAGAAGAUACCACGCCUUCGUGCAAACCCCAGCAAUGAAAGUGUCUAGUCAACGCGUCAGUGUUGUUGUAUACAUCCUGGUCAUUCUCUUUGGAAUAGCCUCCUGGGUGGACAUCAACGGUUUGUGGGUGGAGCUUCCCAUCAUGGUCCAGGAGCUACCGGAGGGGUGGAAUCUACCCUCGUAUAUGGUUGUCUUAAUCCAGUUGGCUAAUCUAGGGCCUCUCAUCUUCACACUGACCAGUGUCAAAUGCCCACGACGUCUUCCAGAGAAGGGCACCAUCUACUGUAUCAUCACUGUAGGAGCAUCUGCGUGUGUCCUCUUGGUGUUCUUCUGGAGAGAGACUGCAGUGAUCGGUGGCGUUCAUCGCAGCGUAGCUUUGUUAAGUCUCAAUUUCUUCCUAGCUCUUGUUGACACGACUUCUUCAGUUGCAUUUCUCCCUUUCAUGGCCAUAUUUAAACCUGCAUACAUGACUGCGUAUUUUAUAGGCGAAGGCUUUAGUGGACUUCUCCCUGGCUUGAUGGGACUCGCGCAGGGUGCCGGGCGUGUUGUGUGUGUGAAUCAUACUGUAACCAACAAUGUUACAGUUAAUGAAACCACUUUUGUGGAGGAAGCCUAUAGAAUCAUACCAACCUACGUAGACAACAACUUCUCCAUUGAAGUCUUCUUCGCCUUCAUCGGAGGAAUGAUUGUGACGUCAGGGAUCGCGUUCACGCUCCUAAACUACCAUCCUCGGUGUAAAAGGGAAUAUGCAGCUUGUCCAUCCUCCACAAUCAAAGGGAAAGAUGAUAGUUACAUUAAGGCCGAGUUUCACUAUUGUAAAGAUGAAGUUGAACUCAGCGAGGAGAAAGGACAUUGUCAAGUUAUUGCUAAGCUCAUCGACUCUGAAGAUGAAAUGAUUGCCUUCAGUGAUGUUGGCAAAUCAAACCCCUCUCCUGUUGCCCUUGAGAAUUAUGACGUGUUAAAUGACAACAACAGUGUUUCUUCCGAGAACUCACAAGGAAUAACAAGACUACAAUACAUGGCUUCACUGCUUCUGACGGGCUGGCUAAAUGCUUUGACAAACGCCGUACUGGUAUCGGUGCAGACCUAUUCAUGCCUCCCCUACAGCACCAGCUCGUACUACAUGACUGUCACACUAUCUAACGUAGCCAAUCCCCUGGCUUCCUUCAUGGCCUUCUUUGUGUACGUCACUUCCGUGCCUGCGCUGUUGGUCCUGUCUCUGAUUGGCUCUCUACUCGGGGCAUACAUCAUGGGUGCUGCAGUUAUGAGUCCGUAUCCUGUUCUUAUUGGUACGGAUGCUGGUGGACCUCUCAUGGUGUCGGUGUGGGUGGUCUGCAUCUUCAUCCUCACCUACGUCAAGGUGUCACUGGCUUCGCUCUUCAGGGUGGAAGGCAAGAAAGGCCUGCUUCACUGCGGAGUAGCAACACAAGUCGGCUCCGCCAUCGGCGGCGUCCUGAUGUUCAUCCUCGUCAACGUUUUGAAUCUGUUUGUCAUGGUUUACCCAUGUUCAUGAAGCUUUCAGACACGUGAAGGUAUCUGAUGCAUACCGUUCAGUAGACUCAUUGGGUUUUCAGAUACACGAGGUCCAUGUAUUCAAUAGUUGUAUUCUGUUAUAACCAAUAUAUACAAUAUACAGAUGGUACCUAUGUUA